AUGCUUUUGGCACUCUGUGUGGCCUUUGCCGUCUUCUUCAUCGCUCUUCGGACCCCCACCGCUGGUACCGAAGUCAACGUGCUCUAUGAGAGGAAGCAGGCGAAGGAUGGCGCUAAGUCGUCAGAAACAACUGCGGUGCCGAAGCUGCACGCACUUGCUACUCCUCCUAACCAAGACGCAGAGCUACCCGACAACGUGGAAUUCUACGACCUACACGACUAUGAAGGAACGCCAAAGGGUAAAGAAAACGAAGAAAUCGUGCUAUUGCUAGUUCCGUUGAGAAAUGCUGAAAAAGUCUUGCCUUUGAUGUUCCGUAACAUGAUGAACAUUACCUACAACCACAACCUUAUUGACAUAGCGUUUUUGGUCAGUGACUGCUCAGAGGGCGACCACACUUUGGAAGCAUUGUAUGAAUACACAACAGCCAUGCAAGAAGGUAAGUUGUUGCCAAUUUUAGAGGCAAAGGAGUUGCAGACCAAAGGUAAAGGUGUUUUUGGCUCGAGCGACCUAUACCUCAAGUAUAUGCCGCAGGACUAUGUCGAGCAGGUGAAAAAAGCAUACUCUCCUCCAUACCAUAGUGAGUAUGAAAAGCCCUUCAGAAGUAUCCAAAUUUAUGAAAAAGAUUUUGGACAGGUGAUUGGUCAAGGCUUCAGUGAUAGGCAUGACGUUAAGAUUCAAGGUAUCAGACGAAAAUUGAUGGGACGAGCCAGAAACUGGCUUCUCUCUACUGCGCUGAAACCUUACCAUUCCUGGGUUUACUGGAGAGACGUUGACAUUGAAAUGUCCCCUGGCGACAUUUUGGAAUUCAUGAUGAAUUUUGCAGGAGGUUACGACGUCAUUGUUCCAAACGUUUGGAGACCGUUGCCUACAUUUCUCGGUCGUGAACAGCCCUAUGAUUUGAACUCUUGGAUAGAGUCCGAAGACGGUCUAAAAUUGGCUGAGACGUUGGACGAAGAUGAUGUCAUUGUCGAAGGUUAUGCAGAGUAUUCUACAUGGAGAGCACACUUGGCCUAUAUUCGUGAUGCCAAAGGCUCUCCCAAUGAGGUCGUAGAAUUGGACGGUGUAGGUGGUGUUUCUAUCCUCAGCAAGGCGUCAGUGUUUAGACAUGGCUCCAACUUCCCGGCCUUCACUUUCAUGAAUCAUGCGGAAACCGAAGCUUUUGGAAAAAUGACAAAAAGAAUGGGAAUGCAUGUCGGAGGAUUACCUCACUAUACUAUCUGGCAUAUAUACGAGCCAAGUGAAGAUGAUCUCAUUGAAAUAUCCAAAUUAGAACGAAGAAAAAGAAGAUUUGGGAAGGAAAGAAACAGCUAG